CUCCAUAGAAACAUUGGAGGACACAAGUACUGUACAUCAAGUGCCGAACACUAAAGCCUUCAUUUGACACUCAGGUAUAUUACAUUUCCAAAAACACGUAUUGACAUCCGCCAUAGAGUAGGUUGACAUAUCAACUAAUUUUAAGGUUGGUGCCUCCUGCUGUUUAUGUGUAGUACUACAUGUAUAUUACAGUAUGCAGUACACAUGAGAUAGUGAAGACAUGAGAUACAUUUUAUAUGCAUAAUUUUUAAACAUGUUGUUGGUGUUUUUAAGAGUUUGUCUGACAUUUUUACUGUAGUUCUGUUGUAGAAUUUAAAUCAUGCAAGAUUGUAAUGUGAAAAUAAAAAACAUGUUUUUAAUCUAUUGUAUUAUUGCUCUCACUGUGUACUCCUUAUACACAUACCAACAGCUUCACCAUCACUGUUGACAACUCCUCAGUCUCCCCUUCAACCUGGACAUCACCCUACCUUUCCAAGCCCACAUCAAUAAUGUCACCCAGUCCUCCAGCAGCUCCACUGAUUACCCAUCAAACAACACAUUCAAUAUGAAAUCAUUCUCCUCACAUUCAAAGCCCUCAAUAAAAUGUGCCAUCCAUUUCUCUCAUGUCUCCUCCAUGUCUCUGCUCCUUCCCACUCUCUUCAGUUCUCCUCCUCCCUAUGGCUCACUGUAUCCUCCACCUGCUUGGCCACCAUGGGUGCACAGGCUUUUAGCUACUCAGCCCCCACCCUCUAGAACUCUGUCCCAGCUGGACUCAGACAAUGACCUCCCUUUUCAAUUAUUAUUAUUAUUAAUAUUAUUGUUGUUGUAAUAUAUAUAUAUAAGGUCCUUUGUGAUUUAUUCCAGAAGUAUUGGGAUUUCCAUUAUGUUUUUUUGGUCACUUCAUGAUUUGGGUGAACCAUUCUCUUGUCUGGCCCGAUAACAAGUUUUGUUUCAGUCGUUUCCUGUUGGACAGCACUACUUACAGAAGACCACUUGGCCCACUGUAUAUGCACAUAAACUACAUACACCUCAAUUAGAUAAAAUCUUGAUGUAGAAAAAAAAACUGUUCGGGGAGAACAAGUAAAUACAAAAUUUAAAUUAUUUGUACACCAAAAUGCCAAUAUAUAUUCCCUGUUUAAACAACAGCAGGUGACACCACAAGGCCUAGUUACAGGACAGACCUGUGGAGAGGGGACAACACUCACAAUAGGAAUGCAUGUGUUGAAAAGAAACUGCUGUAAUGCAACAACAUUUCCACUUGCUGUUUUUGGACUUUAUGCUGUCCAAUGAGAUCUAAUGUAAAUAGACUAGUCUUAAUAUUUGUUUGUGUAAUCAGUAGGUUUUCGAUUUGGCUCCACAUACCAGCUGCUUUUGCUGUAUGUGGAAUGUUGCCUCUGUCCCAAACCAAUCAAUAUAACUAAGCUGGUCAAUGUUCAAUUACUGUAUAUAUUCUCAAUCUUAACUUAUUUCACAGAAACUGUAAAAAUAUGAUGUAUCAAAGUCAGUACUGUGUUGCAUUUUGUUGCAUACUUCUUAACACUUAAUUACAAACAAUAUUUCACAAAUUUACCUUAGUUGUUGUAAUUGACACACCACCAUAAUUGGAUCUUAAUGCUAGUGUGAAUCUUGGCAUACCACUUUUAUUGUGUACUUGCUAAUAGAUGUAUGUGUAAAUGAGAUAAACUAAUGUCAAGUGUUAAUUAUUCAUUUAAAAUCAGUGGAGUAUGAAAUUGGACAGGAUGAGCCAUUGAUCGUUUCCCUAUAACAACAAACUAUUGACUUACACUUUGUGUAUCACUGACUAGGAACUCCAAUGUUUUUUCUGUUUGUUCUGCAUAAAUAUUUGGCUAGUAAUUAUGCCCAUAAUUUCUCUAAGGCACCUAAACACACAGCAUAUUGCAAAAGUGUGAGAAUAUAUAUAAUACAAAUCUACAUAUUUACUUUAGCUAUUAUGUGAAAUAUACUGCCAAGAAAGGCAUACAGGAUUAUCCUGAAGGACAGGAUUACUGGAAAACAUGUCAAAAUGAAAUACAUCAAUAAAUACAUAAUUACAAAUUUUACUAUACAUUCACAAUCUCUCCAUCUAUGUAGCUUUGUUCUGAAUGCAACACUAUAGAACAGUAUUGACUUUCCCUGCUCACAGCACAGUUGGCAUCCUUUCCCUCACCAGCUCAGUUGAUCCUGCUUAGUUUGAGGCAGCACAGAGUAGUGGGGGCUGGCAAAGUUUGGGUGACGAGACUGGACUAAUGCAGAGUGUGCUAACGAUUUUUUUUUUUACUUUUUGGUGAGCACGUCCGGACUGCAUGACCCGAGGAGAUUUAAAUCAUCAUCGGCAGUCCAUCCAUGCUGCUGCUGCUGCAAGUCAUAAUGGCAGAGUGAAGAUGGGAGAUUGGAACAUCCUAGGGGGGAUUUUGGAGGAGGUACAUAUCCAUUCUACUAUGGUAGGCAAGAUCUGGCUCACCAUCCUGUUCCUUUUCCGUAUGCUUGUCCUGGGGGUGGCAGCGGAGGACGUGUGGAACGAUGAGCAGACGGACUUCAUAUGCAACACUGAACAACCGGGGUGCAGAAAUGUGUGCUACGACCUGGCCUUCCCCAUCUCACUCAUCCGCUACUGGGUGCUGCAGGUCAUUUUUGUAUCUUCGCCCUCAUUGGUUUACAUGGGCCAUGCUCUGUACAGGCUGCGAGCACUGGAGAAAGCGCGGCAGAAGAAGAAGGCCCUUUUGAAGAGAGAGCUGGAGUUGGUGGACGUAGAGUCGGUGGAAACCAGGAAGAGGAUUGAGCGAGAGAUGAAGCAGGUGGACCAGAGCAGGCUGAACAAAGCUCCUCUGAGGGGCUCUCUGCUGCGCACAUAUGUGACCCACAUCGUCACACGCUCAGUGGUGGAGGUGCUCUUCAUGACAGGCCAGUAUCUCUUGUAUGGUUUCCACCUCUACCCCUUGUUUAAAUGUGAGAGGAGCCCAUGUCCCAAUGCAGUGGACUGCUAUGUCUCCAGACCCACUGAGAAAAGUGUCUUCAUGGUCUUCAUGCAGUGCAUUGCUGCAAUUUCACUUUCACUGAAUAUUCUUGAGAUAAUGCAUCUAGGCUACAAAAAGAUCAAGAGGGUGAUUUUAGACUUCUACCCGAGGUUUAGAAACGGCACAGAUGAACUUGAGGACUAUUUUUCAAGCAAAGGUAAAAAAGAAUCUGUUAUACAGAUGUACACAAGCUCAGCUCGAAAGGCAACAAUUGCUUCAGCUCCAAGUGAUUACAACUUACUGGAGAGGGUCCAUGGCACCAUUAUGUAUCCCAGCCUCAUGAAAUCAUCAGCUUUCCUACCUCAACAACAGGAAGAUGGCUCUAAAUGUUCUGCCCACAGCCCCCCCGAGUGUGAGUGUACUCCCACUGCAAACAAGCCCUGCUCUUCAUGCUACGAUUUUCUGGUGCCUCCGAAACAGGAGGCAGAGGACAUCCUACAAGUAAUGCACCAUGCAAAGGACAAUGAAAACAGUGAGGGGACUAGCCCUGAAGCUGUUAAACUCCCAGAGAAGGUGUGUCACUCAUCCUCCUUCCCCACACUGCCAGUGAGCGCUGUGCGGAGGCCGCUCCGAGCACACAGUUCUUUUAAAUUCUCCACAGUGUUGGAGGGCAAAAGCUCGGACACGGACUCAUACAGUGGAGCCAAGGCCAGUAGCCUGCACACAUCUCCUCUAAUACACUCAGCACAACAGAAAACCCACAGUCCACUUUCUACCUCUGAGUCUCAGGACAACUCCAGCUCUUGCUCCCGACACCACUCCAGACCCCCCUCCUCCAGCUGCAAGGUCUCCGUGACAAGCACAUCAAGCAGCAGACGAGCACCGGAUCUGCAAAUCUAAAAGACAGAAUCUACAAAACCUCUGUGGAUAUACAGGGUGCUAUUAGGCCGAGUCCAGUUUUCAUUGAAAUGUAAAAAAUGUGUGUA